UCAGCAGUGCGCGCUCCCGCGCCACACAGCCCCGCCGCUGUGCACCGUGAACGCGCCUCUCCAUGCGGGUUGAAUAAAGAAGGAAAAGCUGGAGUAAAACGAGAAUCAGCUGAUCGUGAAAAGACACAAAGCUGAUUCCGGAGCGGAGAGCGGACACCGGGCUGUUCCUCACAUCUGAAGCCGCUGUAGGAGCGCGGGGGGUCGGCUACUCUGCUCACCUCAGCCGCUCUUUGUCAGCUGGUUCACACUCGGAGAGAGAGCCGGGCGGGUUUGUUGGUUUUUCUCUGAAUGAAUCCGCUGAAACGAGGAGAGAAUCGUUUGUUUGAACGCGUUACUGACUCGUGAGUGUUUGACUGUGGGUUUCUCUGUGACUCAUCGCUGUGUGGAUUUAUCUCAGCUGGAUUUAAUCACCUUUUGUUUGGAGGAAGAAGAGGCUGAUGCUGCGGUUCACAGUGAAGUCACACUGACGGAUGAGCUCUCUAAUGACCGUUUCUAUCAGCCUGUUAACGCUGGAUUAUCUGCUCUGAGCUGCUGGAUUGUGGAAACAGCUCUAAUGGGAUUACCUCACCUAAAAUUGUUCAAAGAUUUUAUUCUUUUAUCAUAAUUUUUUCUGGGGAUCGGCUCUAGGUUCCACCUGAUUUCCUGGCUCUUUGUGUGGACCCUGUCUCUGCCAGUGCUGGACUCUGUUGGUCUCUUCUGGUCCGGUUUCUGCUGAUUGUCCCGGGUUCAGGAGCACCAUGCCGGAGUGUGUGACCGUGUCCGAGUUUCUGCAGGAGGUUCAGGAGGACUGGAGCUCCCCGACCACCUCCUCCUUCACCUCCAAGAUGAUGAGCUGCAGAAACACCGUCUACCUGCUGGAGGAGGUUCUGGACAGUGACAGGUUGGUGCUGCAGAAGAUGAAGAAAGCUGCCAAAGCCAAAUACAACGCAGGACAAGACCACGUUUCUCACCUGGAGCAGUACAUCAACUCUAUGGAGAAGCUGUCGGUCAACUGUCACUCAAACGGAGAGACGGAGGUCGGCUCCGCCUUCUGUCGACUGGCAGACUUUUCCAAAGAACUUCUCUCUCCAAUGAAGAACCUGUUAAAGAGCAUGCUGCACAACAUCAACUUCUUCCUGGACUCUCUGGUUAAAGGAGAUCUGCGGGAGGUGAAAGGGGAUCUGAAGAAGCCCUUUGACAGAGCAUGGAGGGACUACGAGAGCAGAUUUAAGCAGGUGGAAAAGGAGAAGAGGGAGUUGGCUCGUCAGUACGGGAUGGUGAGGAGUGAGGUGAGCGGGGGAGAGAUCGCCGAAGAGCUGGAGAAAGAGAGGCGCUCCUUCCAACUGAGCAUGUGCGAGUAUCUGAUUAAGGUCAAUGAGAUAAAGACAAAGAGAGGAGUCGACCUCCUGCAGAACCUCAUCAAACACUACCACAGCCAGAACAAUUUCCUGCAGGAGUGUGUGUCGACCACUCAGAGGUUGAAGCAGUAUAUGGAGGAGCUGAACGGAGUCUUGGUGACGGUGAAGCAGCAACAGGAUGAGGAGAAGAGGCAGCUGGUGUCUCUCAGAGAUCAGCUGAGGCCGGUCGUCCACACAGAGCAGGACACUUUGCCUAAGCAGGUGUACAGUAUGCAUCAGCUGCUGGGAGACAAACAGUACGGGACGGAAAGAACCGGAUCUCUCUAUAAGAAGAGUGACGGGUUGAGGAAAAUGUGGCAGAAGAGGAAAUGUUCAGUUCAUAACUGUUACCUGACCAUCGCACACGCUACUCCAAAUAAACCUCCAACCAGACUGAACCUGCUCACCUGUCAGGUUAAACCCAGCGUGGAAGAUAAGAAAUGCUUUGACCUCAUAUCACAUAACCGAACCUACCAUUUUCUAGCUGAAGAUGAAGCGGAGUGUGUGGCUUGGAUCUCCGUGCUGAGCAACAGUAAACAGGAGGCUCUGAACGUGGCUCUGGAUGGGGGGAGGAAAGGGGGAGGAGGAGGGGAGAGCAGCGUGGAGGAUCUGACUCGAGCCAUCACCGACGACAUCAGACGAAUGCCGGGAAACAACAGCUGCUGUGACUGUGGAGCUCCAGAUCCUGGAUGGCUCUCCACCAACCUAGGCAUCCUCACCUGUAUUGAAUGUUCAGGGAUCCACAGGGAGAUGGGCGUCCACGUCUCCAGGAUUAAAUCUCUGAGUCUGGACAGUUUGGGGACCUCUGACCUCUUGUUGGCCAGGAAUGUUGGAAACUCUGGUUUUAAUGAAAUACUGGAGGCAAACCUGCUGAGUCCGUCCAUGAAGCCCUCUCAGCACAGCCACAUGGGGGAGCGUAAAGAUUUCAUCCUGUCAAAGUAUCAGGAUGUCCACUUUGUGAGGCGGAGCCACAACUCUACUGCAACUCUGCGACUUGGCCUGCAGGAGGCGACAAAGAACUGCGACAUCUACAGUCUGAUUCACCUGUUUGCUCAGAGGACAGAGCUGAGUCAGCCACUGCACUCACAUAUACAGGAGAAAGGUGAGACAGCGCUCCAUCUGGCCGUCCUAUUGGCUGACAGGACGUCGCUGCACAUCCUGGACUUCCUGGCUCAGAACUGCUCUAAUGUGGACAUGCAGACAUCAUCAGGAAACACGGCGCUGCACUACAGCUGCCUGCACAACAAGAGCGACUGUGUGAGACUGCUGCUGAGAGCCAGAGCCAGCACAAACAUCAAGAACGAGUUAGGAGAGACGGCUCUAGACAUGAGCCGCAGGUUGAAGCACAGCCACUGUGAGACGCUGCUGCAGCAGGCUCAGUCCGGUUUGUUUGACCAUCACGUCCACGUAGAGUACGAGUGGAGGCUUCGCCAUGACGAUCUCUAUGACAGUGAUGAUGACUUUGAAGACAAGAAUGGUCCUGUGAAAAAGGAGCGCUCCUCCUCUUCCUCCUCGUCCACCUUCACCUCCUCCUUCUCCUUCUCCUCCCGUCCCUUUAGUUUCAGUCAGUCCAACUCCUCAGCCACUCCGAACUCCUCUGCAGCAGCAGGUGGAGGUCUGCUCAGCGUGGGGAGGAGGCUCGCCAUGGCCAUGGAUCUCCACAAUCGGACCUCCGGCCCCGUCUCCAGCCCACCUCCUCCUCCGCCAUCCUCUCCGGCUCCUCCUCUGCCUCCGAGAGUCAAAGCUCCAAAUGUUCCUCCUCCUCCUCCUCCUCCAGCUGGGGGUGAAGGAGGAGGUGAAGAAGAGGAUGAAGAGGGGGAGGUAUUCUUCUCUCUGACAGGAAGCAGGAAGUCGACCCCGCCUCCCAUCGCCGUCCGACACAAGAGGACCUGCUCCGAGUCCAGCAAGCACGAUUACGGGUUACCAACCAGUCCACGGAUCUACAGCGGUCCAGACUCUUCUUUUAGGAAGUGUGUCCCCUCGUCUCCUCUCAGCUCGCUGACUGAACGUCCAGAGAAAGGAGGUUUUCGGAGAGCAGAUAGUGAAAGUAGUUCCUCCCAGUUCCUGCAACCUGCCAGUAAAGCCCCGCCCAACCGGUCUCCAACCAAUCAUCGCUCUCAGAGCUUUGACAAUGACAACAGAGGCCCCGCCCCUCAGCCGCUUCCUCGCAGAUCAUUGCCCCGGGGUUCGACGAGUCGCCGCGUUGAAGCGUUGUACGACUGUCAAGCCGAUCACCACGAUGAGCUGAGCUUCUCUGAGGGUCAGGUGUUGGUGGUUCUGGGACAGGAGGACAAUGAUUGGUGGAAACAUUCUUCAUUUUUAGAUAGAUGGAUGGAUGGAUGGAAAGAUUAUCCCGAGGUAAGUUCAAGGGAAAUUAAGCAGGUUUAGUGAAAAUCAUUAGUCUAUUAAACCUGAAAUGAGGGAAACUCUCAGAUUCCUGUUUCAGAGAAGGAGGAAGCUUAAACCCAGGAAUGAGAGGUGAGUCAGGCUUGUCUCACAUGGAUAGGAAACUUAAGUCUGAUAAGAUAACAUGACCAGGAGCAGGUUUUUCUUCUAUAACCUCAUAGUUUUGCCCUAUCUCCUUUCUCUUUUAGAGCUGGAGACGUGAUUUCAUCUCCGCAUUCUUUCAGUCAUUUAUUCAGUUCAUAUCAGGUGAAUUAUUCACAUUUACGCUGGAUAAGAACCCAUGUUAUUGUGGAUGAAUAUAAAGGCAUUAGACAAUUUUUAGCAAACUCGAUGUGCUUUAGUUGAAAAGUAUAGUUAACAGGCCUGAAGAUACAUUUAUAUCAGUAAAUGUUAAUUUAUUCUGGCUAAUUAAUGAACUUGGAAAUAAAAGUGAGAGUAUUUUUGUUGAAACUGCUGAGGAUAAAUCUGGCGCUCAAGUCUUACCAGUUUGAAGAAAAUCUGAUUAGGUAAAGCUUCAAGAGUAGAUUAUAUAUUAACAAUUGUAUAUUUUCUGUAUUAAAGUUGUAAUUUCCAAGAUUAAAAGUAGAAUAGAGCAAGAACUGCCAGGGCUGUACGUUAACUUUUUUUGCCCAUAGUGCUGGUGCUACAGAGGUUGACAUUCUUGUAGCACAGAACAAAAACCUGUAGUACAAUAUAUAUGUUUUUUACAUCUCUAAAACCAACAUGUAACCAAAAUAUAUGCUUAGUAAGUGAAUGUACUUGAAAAAAGCCCCAAAACAGCCUAAAUUACAACUCUUAUUAAUGUCUACCAAAGCAACCAGCCAAUCACAGAGAAGAGAGACGCUGAUGGUUCAUCUCCACAUUCAGACACAAAACAAGAGCAACCUGCUGGAAGCUGACUGACUUUAUAGAAGUGAUGGUGCUUUAAGGUGAUUACAGCAGUAUGAUUUGCAAAUCAGACUUUGAGAUAGAUCAGACAGAGGAGCCAAUGAGCUCAGUUUGUGCUGCUGUUUGCUGCUGGAAUCCUUUUGUU